AUGAUUUUCAUUCAUAAAUCAGUGAUCGAAGUGAGCGAAGAGGGCACCGAAGCCUCGGCCGCCACAGGGGCUGAACUCAUGCUUUUCUCGUCUCUUUCACUCGACUCAAUCGACUUCAAAGUGAACCGUCCGUUCAUUUACUUUGUCAGAAAUAAGAAUACCGGCAUCAUUUUAUUUAUGGGAUUAAUUAACCAAUUAUAA